CGUCCUCACCAAAUCCAUCUUCCUCCUUACCUCCAUUCUUAUCCUAAUCAUCUGCAAGACAAUUGCCAGCCGUAUCAGAUUCCCACCUUCUUCCCCUUUUUAUUUUUUAUUUUUUUCUCUUGAGUUCUCCAAGAGAACCCAGAUUUGGGUUCUUAUGGACCAAGAGAACCCACGGGUUCUCUUGGUAAGAACCUAAUCUGGGUUCUCCUGGAGAACCCAAAUUGGGUUAGAGUGUGUAACGGGUGUCAUCCUCCUCCUGUGCUGCUAUGCCACCACAGGAUUAGUUUUUGACGACUCCAAUCUGAUCAGAUUGGUCUCCGAUGGCCUCGAUGACUUUGACUCCUCUAUCCUCCAAGUCCUUGGCUACACUCGCCAUGCAUGCUUAAUUGCUUACUACUUCGCCCAUUUUGCUUACAGGUACAAGAAGAGGUACAAAAGCGUGGAGAUGAAGCUCCGGUUUCAUAUUUUCAAGGAGAGUUUGGAUUUGAUCAUAUCCAUAAACAAGAAGGGACUGCCUUACACUCUUGUUGUUAAUCACUCUGCUGAUUGGACCUAGGAAGAGUUUCAAAAACAUAGAUUGGGAGCUGCUCAAAAUUAACGGAAACUGUUAGAGUGUGUAAUGGGAUGGUGUGCAUAAAUUAGCAUCUUAAUA